AUGAAAUAAUUAGAGAUGAAUGGUACUUAAUUGCUUUCUCAGAAAAAAUAAGAUUUAUGGAAUAUUUUCAAAAGAGAUCAUUCAAUUGCCAUUUUUUUUUGUUUUUAAUUAACUAUAAACGCACUCGUGAUAAUCUAAUAUGACUCCGAACUAAUUUUUACAAUUACAGUUUGUAUUCUAAAUACAAUUUUUGCAAUAACCACUUAAUUGAUUGCACUUACUAAUAAAACCAUCCUAUUUAAGAAAAUCUGUAUAUUUAUCAGUAAAUUAUCUACACUAUUAAUUAUUGCAUUACUAGACAUAUAAUUGAAGAGCGCUUUGAUAAUACUUUUGCAUUCCUUUGAAGUCUAAGAAGCGGAUAAAAAGUAUUUUUGCUACUUUGAAAUCAUUGCAACCAGAGCCAUCACUCUCUUCAUUAUCAUCAUCAAUUUUGACUUAAUAGCAAUCAUAUCAGUAUCAUUCUAAUUGAUUUUGGAACUAAAUCGCUUGCUCCAAGACAGAGAAGUGAAGUAGAUCGUAUAAAAUCAAAAAAGCCCAAUGGCCUUAAGUCUGAUUUCCUAGUAAGAAUAGGAUAACUUGUGGAAAAAUAGAAUUUAAAUGAUUCCUGUAUCAUUUAUAAUGAUUGAUUCAAAAACCCAAAAAAUCAAUUUCAAAAACAGGACAGCUCAUCACUUCUUUUCAAUGUUUUGCGAGAGUGACUAGGAAUUCGAGGAUCUCCUCCUCCAUAAAUUGCAAUUCAAUUUAGUUCAAGACAACAUAGAUCAGAUUUGUCAAUCCUUCUCCUACUUAAAAAUACGCCAAAGACUCAGAAGCAAAUAGAAUCGUUUCUCUUAGUAGGACAAUUAGAACUGCGCCACUCCACUUCCCCAAUCAGGAUCCUCAGCAAUAUAAUGUAUAUCUUCAAAAUAGGGCGAUUCCUUCGAUCACAAUGCCCUUAAAUUUACUUUGGCAGAAAUUAUAACAAACCUUUCUGAUGGUCUCUUCUAGGAAUACAUCAUAAAUAAUUCUUUGGAAUUGCUUUGUCAUCAAAACUAUUUAGGACUUGUGGAAAAUGCUAAUACUAAUCAUACUCAAUAGAAGAAAUUCUAGUUGUCUGGGUCCAUCUUGACCAAUCAACAAAACGAAGAGAUAAUACUCCUUCUUAAUGACAUAUCCAAGUAAAAUGAACUAUAAUAAUUGAUCUCUUAGGAUGAAUUCAAAUCGAAAAUUGUAGAAUCCUUUUCACAUGAAUUGAGAACCCCUUUGAAUGGAGCCAUUAAUUUUCUAUCUGCCUUUUUGUAAGACACUGAUCUUACUGAAGCAAAUAAAAAAUAAUAUAUAAUUCCAGCAAUAAACUCUCUUAGGAUCUAAUCAUAUUUGAUUAGUGACAUAAUAGACUUCACAUCUGCAAGUUCAAACAAUUUAGAGCUCUUCAUUAAGGAGUUUUCUAUGCGAGAAUUAAUUAAUGAGAUUACAUCUCUUUUUACAAUGUAAUUUGCAGAGAAACAUCUUGAAUUUAGAGUAGAUCUAAUGGAUUGUUAUACUAAUUCAGUGACCAGUGAUUAUAGUAAACUAAUGUAAAUAUUGGUGAAUUUACUUCAGAACUCCAUCAAAUUCUCAACUGAGGGAUUGAUUGUCCUGAAAAUUUAAUCUCAAACUAAGGAAAUUCUUAAAUUUACUGUUACGGACAUGGGACAAGGAGUUUCCUAGUCCAACAUUUCAUAAAUUCAAUUGUAAUUAAAUAAUUUGAAGAAUCAGAAGGAGAUUCAAUAAAAUAAGAAGUGGCAUGGAUUUGGAUUAUUGAUAUCUGCUACAUUAGUUUAGAAACUAGGACCAUCUGAUAAGAGCACCAUUAAGUUUGAGUCAGAUGGAAUCAACAUGGGUUCUAAGGUAUCUUUUUUUAUUAAGAAUUAAUAAGUGAAACAUAAUAGUAUUAAGUAACCUACAAUUAGAUAAAACACAUAAAGGUUUUAGAGUUCUGUACAUUUGACUUCUUCGUUCAACAAUCUCAAUGGUACAAUAAUUUAAACAUCGGACUAGGGAUUGGUAAUGAAGAAUACUCAAAAAUAAUAAAAAACCAAAAUUAGCUCAUAAAAAUCUAAUGAUAAUUCCAUGUUUAGUGAAAGUGUUGUUUUGGACUCUUUGGAUUAGAAGUUUAGUUUGUUGCAUCCUGUUGAACCUUCCUUGAUUACCAAUAUCCUUUGUGGUUCUCCUUAAAAGCAGGUCGAUAGGAAACCUUUUGUCAAGAACGAGAACUCCUCAUAAAGAUCGAAUAACUCAAAGAUACUGAGCGUACAAUUCAUUAAGUAGGCAGAAGAACAGGAGGAUGAGGAAUUGCUGUAAACGUAUAAGAGGCGGAAGAAAUGUCAAUGUCAAAGGAUUAUGUCUGUGGAUGAUGAAAUAUUCAACCAGAAGUCAAUUCAGAUGUUGUUAUGCAAAUUGGGAUUCGAAGUUAUUCUAGCAUUCAAUGGACAAUAAGCUUGCGUUGAUAUUUUGAACAUUAAAAAAUGCGGGAAGAAGUGUUCAUUAUUAACUCUCAUCUUGAUGGACUACUAGAUGCCCAUUCUAAAUGGGUGUCAGGCUUCAGAGAAAUUGAUUCAGAUGAUGAAUGAUAACAUUAUACCGAAAAUUCACAUUGUUGGUUUAACUGCUUUUACGAAUUCAAACGAUAUUGAAAAUUGUUUAAAAGCAGGAAUGAGUGAUGUCCUGCAUAAGCCGCUUAAUCUAAAGGAAUUUAAGGAAAUUCUUACUUUAAUUUGA